CAUGAGCCCUUUGUGUAGCUGAUUUCCUCUUGGAGAGAGGAAACAAAGUCCAGGGGCGCAGAUUAAAAAGGCUGGUUUUUCCGCCCGCGUGCGAAUCACAAAUCACAUCGAGCCACAGCGCUUCCUGUCUCACAGGAACCCAACAAACAGGCUGUUAAAACCGCAGCCACGUCCCUCUUUUCUCAUCUCAGUGGGCACAGAAAACAAAGUCUGUUUUCUAAUUAAAGAAAUGUUUAUGUACGCCAAGGUUUCCAUGAGGACAACAGUCCUGCAGCAAAGGUCUAAUAGCCUUGUUUUGUUUUUUUUGUUUGUUUUUUUUUAAUAUAAAACUGGUGCCUCAUUAAUGGGUACUAUGCUGGCUGAUUGCACUGAUUUUGAAAGUGGCAGAACUGAUAGUUUAACUGCAGCUUAUACCUAGUGAUGUAACUCUAAUAUCAACAUGUAUGCUUCAACCUAAUUCCCCUUGUGCUUGCUAAAUUCUGCUGACAAGUGAAAAUUUGGUCUUUACCAUGGCCCAGGGCCAGUUAAGGCCUCUAAGGGGAUAAUUGAACGGCCUAUCUGCCCAACCUAAAUCCUAAUUCUCUCUCUCGACGGGCCACUGGCGGCAUGCUUUGUGGGAUUAUUUUCAAUGAGGCAUUUUGAAUGUUGUAGCGUACAUAGGCCUUCCUUCCCACGUACAGCUACCCCUCCUUUUCUCCUUGUCCCUGCCUUUCACCUUCUCGCCUGAGAGGAUUAGUCAGGCUUCCGGAAACGGAGCACCACUUGGUGAGAAUGAGACUUCCCAAAGCUCCUGAGACAGGAAGGAGCUGGACACUGGCUUUAUGACAACAAUAACUGCCUUCUCUCAAUGUCUUUGGGGGUCUCUUUAAGAAGUUAACAAAGAGUUGGCCUGUUUUUGCACAGAAUAUCAGUGUAAACAAACACUUUUGGAGCAGAUAUUUUUCUACCCCAGAGACUGAGUGGAGUCUGCGGAGUCAGAUGGUAUGAAGGGGAAUGAUUAUUUGUUGAAUGCGUUAUUGUUUGGUGGUGUGGAGUCUGUUGAUCUGUGGCUACAGGGGAACUCUGCUCGUAGGGUCAGUGAUAUACUUUACCAAUCCUUUUUUCUUUAUCUCUAAUAAAUCUCUGUUGAGGCAAAAACAACAUUCUUCUAUCAGACUUUGAUAUAUCCUUAAUUUAUUGACAGUUCAGGCAAAAGGGUUCAUAUUCAAGGGGAGGGAGCUUAGUCAUAUUAUUUUUUUACCAAGACAAACUCUCUUGAUGGAAGUCAUACAAAAAGUCACACUUGUUCACUCCAACCUGAUAGAUGGGAAACAUACCAGAUGUGGCAAAUACUCAGCCUAACAUUAAAGGUGUCGAUUUGUUAAAUUUCUCUUCAGGUGUAAGUGAACUGAUCUGGUUUAGAAAUGCCAAAUCAAGUACAAGUAAUGGGGAUCAAAUUUACAUCUUUUUUGUAGCUUAGCAAAUAUUUGAUAUAGUUUUUACAAAAGUCCGGUAUCUGAUCAGCUUUACUUAAACAAUAUUGGCUGAGCCUGUUGGGUCGUCAGUGUCUUUACCAUUAUUGGGCAACUUAUCAUUUACAUGGUUUGCCCAUUUCAGUGAAAAGUGGGACCACUUGAUGCCAUAAUAUUUGAGUAAAAGUAACAAUUCAAUACUGAAGCAGCAGCAAAGAUGUAAUGGGAAAAAACAGGUGUUUGAUCUCCCUCAGUUAAAGAGUUAACCCAGAGUAAUGUAAACUGGCAGUCCAGACAAAGUUAAAGAUUUUGACGUCAAAGAUCACUGAAUUCACACAGGUUCAAGCAGCAUGAUGACUGCAUCAGUAUUGACUGCAAAUAUUUAGGUUAAGGAUCACCCUAAAAAUUGAUUUCUGUAAUUGGUAAUGGUGAUGGUUGAUCAGUAUCAACUGACGGGAAAGCAGACUCACUGUGGCGUUUCUAUCAUAGAAUUAAAAUACAGUUCUGUUAAAUCACAAAAGCCAUGAUCCAAUGUUCUGAGCACCAAUAACAAACCAAAUAAAAGAUAUCUGUCCUUCAACAAGGCAAUAAAAGUAGGUCCCAAUAAAACUAAAAGCUGCUAUAUGUAUUCUACUCUGUUGGUAUUGCUGCCAAUCAAUAUAAUUUUUCUGGAAAACAGUCUUCUAUAAACUUUUGUUGGGAAAUAAGUGUCAGUGUUUUAUGACCCCACAGCUGCUCUUUCCACAUCCUAACCUAUUAUUAGUUCCUAGCUAUUGUUCUCACUUGUACUGCUGUGAUCUAACAAAGUGUAAAAAACAGGAACAUGUUUUGUAAAUCCUACACUACAUGUGGAAUUCAACUACAUUGCACUCUCAGAUGUCCCCGAGGCUUUUCUUCUGGGACCUGGCCACUACAUGACCACCGUUGUCUGAAUGUCUUUCAUCUUCCUCCUUGGACCCAAAGAGAGUGAUCGGUAUCUUCUUCGCUGUAUCUCUCUCACGGCUAACAGCACUGGUUCCCGGCCAUUUAGCCUGUACUCUACCUCAAGGCUAUCCCAAAUCAUUUCCAUCAUCCUGUGAUUCACCAGAUCAGGAGCAUGAUAGGAUUGGCUUCUCUGGCUAACUUUCCCCAACUUUUGUAGAAGUUAGUUGGAAGGUCUUAAUCUGGCUUUAAGAAGGCUCCCUGGGUGGUCUAUCAGAUUUGUUCAAUGCACUAUCAUCACAUUUAAUCAUUACUCUCAAGAUUAAACAAACCUUAAGUUUGGAAAAGCAAAUGAAGCGGAGGUCUGUAGCUGUUUUCAUGCUGACACAGGACUGAAUUAUUUUUAAGAGGGGCUUGAAGAUCAGAUUAAUCCAUCCAAUGUUUGCCACACAGUGUUUGAGGACUUGAUCACGAAGAGCCUGUGUGUUCUUUAUGCCUCUGGCAGAAAGAAAGAGCCAAGGAAUCGCAGUAUAAGCCGACAGUUGUUGUUAUUUGGAAAUCUGGAUGUACUUAGCUUUAUUCUUGCCAAGAGUUGUCCAAUAUAGGCUGCAUUCUUCUUGAGCUAGAUAUCUGGAAGUUAGUAAGUGUCUGCACCUGUUUAUCAUUACUAAUGACAAAACCUGUUUGAUAUUCUUGGAAGAAAAUCUAACCCAUAGUUUUUGUUUUUUUAGAUGUAAAUUUAGCAGCGCGCUGAUUAAGGUUGCUUUCACACCUGGAUUUAUUGUUCCAAAAACCUGGACCACUUUCCUCCUUAGCCUGGAUCGGGGUUUGGACAUACGUGAACACAGCAUUCACGCUCAGAUGCGAAGCAAAAGAAGCGAGCUGAGAUUGCCCAGAAGAGGUGGUCUUGGCUGGCGGUUUGAUCGAACCCUGGAAAUUCAAUCAAUCCACCAACUGCAACAAACAGCUCAUUGACCCAUCACAGUAGUAGUUGUAGGUAAGUAGCAAGAGAUACAGUAAUACAGCUGCAAGGCAACUCUCAUUACAACUGAUGGUAGGCAUAGUAAUAGUGAUAGCAAUAAGUUAACAUUAUUCACUCUCUCCCUUCAAGUCAACUUUCAUAUGAAGUUGAUUAACUUUUGCAUUUUUAUGAGAGAUGUCCAUCAUUUGCUCAUCUGCUCAGAGGUAGAAGAGGCAUUUAACGUCCUCGCUAAACAGUUUAAACUCAAAAUAACCCCUGGAGAGCUUUAAUAAUGUAUGAGUAUAAACAGAUACUACAACCAAAGUCGACUGUAUUUUAGGAAUUGAAAAUCUAAUCAUGAAAAUAAAGGAACUUUUGCCGUUAUGGGAAUUUAAAAAAAAAUAUUCUGACGACUCUGAACAAAUACAUUUUGGGUUAAUACUUUGUUAUUCAAAGGCCUGUGCGUUGAGAUCAUGUGUUUUUUCUGGCUUCUACUCUCUUACUUUGAUAAUAGGUGACAAUGACUGACCGACGUGUUAACAUCUAUCAUGGAGGUGAUAGCACAUCUGGCAUCCAACCAAAGUCUGUUGGUGGAUGUCAUUAUUACCAGCCCUCUAAAUCCUAUCAACAUCAUCCAGCGCUUGAUCUCAGGUUACUGUUAAUGACUUCAUUAUGUGUUUGUGUUUUCCCUUUUGUCUGCAGCACUACCUGUCAGCUGCUUGACAAUGGGUCUUCAAGAGUAAGUGUCGCCUUAGAUGUUUAUUGAAGCAAUGAUUAAGCUUUUAAGUCUUUUGAUUGGCUGUGUUGGCCGGUGUUUUGUUGUAGGUCUUGUGAUUUGAAAAAGCAUGUAAGCAAAAAAAAAUCUAUCAUUGUGAGUACAAAGAAUCAGAGUAAUAGUCAGAUUUGGAGGUUGGAAGUAGUGAAAAACUCUGAGCUCCUGUAACAGUGUUUUUCUUUUUCUUUUUUUGUAGGUCCAUUUUCUGUUUUUGGAUAAGCCCUUAAGGCAACCAGAUCAGUAAAAGGGGAAAAAAAACUACUAUCCUUAGUCAUUAAAUGAUAAAAAUCCUUGUUUGAAAAGUACGUAAGUCAAUGGAAGCUUAGGCAGGGAUUUACAAUGAUGAAUGAAUUGAUUUGCACUCAGUAUAGUAUUUUUAAUGUGACUUUGUGAGGACAUUGUGACAGACCUCGCCAUGCAUGUCCACAUGGAUAUGUGAGUUUCAAGCGUGUUAAAUCACAUAGGAGAAGAAAAAGGGCACAUGCAUGACACAGCAGGAGGCUGGCGUGAGGAGAGCUCCUUCCACAUGCGUGUGCUGCGUGUUCAGCUGUCACCGAACCACUGAAGUCCACCCCACUCCUCCUCCUUCUCCAUUCUCCACUUUCUCCUUCUAUUUUUCCCUCACUCUCGCCGGCCCUCUGUCCCUACUGUAUUCCUGUACCCCCUCUGUCCUCUCCUCUCCUGCCUUUCAUUUCUCCUCCCAGCCGUUCACAUUCAUGGCCAACUGUGCGUGUCUUCUCCUGCUCUUCCUGUUGUAUCCCUGACUCUCAUCCGUGCCUCUCUGGCAUGAACAUAAGAUGACACUGAUUCGACCCCCUGAAGUGUGAGAGGUCCUGGGAAUCAGCAGGACAGAAGCAAAUGUAGUCUCCAGGAACAACACCACCAUGACCUACCUCGAUUUACCAACUCAUUAGACUUCGGCUUAGCUGUAAACACAGAUUUGUCUUUAACAUUCACUCUGCUACCUGGGUUAGUGGUUAUUUAGCCAAUAGUUUUUAUAUUCCCAUCUGAGUAUCUGAGCUGUCUUCAGCAGCUGACACAUUUAAUACUCAGAUACCCAUCAGUCAUCUGACAUAAAUCUACAGCAGUGCAUUUCAGAGGGUGGAUAGCAUGUCAGCGCUUAUAUGCUUGGCAUUUAAAAACACUGCAGCUCAAGCCAAUGUCACCCCAAGGAUUUCCUUCCUCCACAUCAUGGCGGUUCUCCCCCCUGCUCCAGCGCUUCGACUCUAUACUGGCACACAGGGCGGAUCACAGCUAUGACACCCCUAUGUAUCUCAUUCAGCCAGAGUGAAUGGGGCUAGUGAACCGAGUAGCCCCCCAACACUGGCCUCUGCCUGCACCUGCAGGCCCAACUGAUGGUUGGAAAGCUGGAUGGAAAAGGGGGGACGUGAGUUGGAGAUGUGAGAGUUCACUUUGAAAAGUACAUUUUUGGGAGGAGAGACAACAGGAUGAUAUAAUAUUGUACUGAGGACCCAAUCUGAAAGGAGACUGCUCACCCUGAAACAUUUUGAAGUCAGAUAUCCACCACGAUGGACGAGGUGAAUUCUUAGUAAAGAAUACGAUGAGGCCUUUUUGUCAACCUCUCUUUACCCUUUCUUUUUACUGCUGUUGUGUCCAUCGCUAGAAAUAGAAAUUGAGAGAAGGAUGAUCGUGUGAAAUUGAGGAUCUAUGUUUGCAUCUGAGGAAUGACCGGUUUUAACUCUGAAUUGUUUGGAGGUGAGCCUUUAGAGAUAAGGCUGGUGCAUGUUUCCUCUUGAAAACUUAGCCUGAUAACCUCUUCCGUCUGCGUGGAUUUAUGAUGUUUACAGAUGUGCUCAGCUUAUGAAAAAACAGACCCUCUCUCCCAGUGGGGCAGCCAUCUUUAAUCCAGUAAAGAGCAGAGGGAUUUGGUCGCCCCUGGCCUGCCUGAAGGCCCUUUGGAAACCCCUCGGCCGUGAGAAUGGGGGCUGGGGUUGGAGGUGUGGGUUGGGGUGUGUGUAGCCAUGCAGGAGGGGCUGGGGACAGUCUUUGUGAAUUUAGUUAAUCUAAUUUGAGCUCUUUCCCCCAAGGCCCUUUUUUUUCUCCCUCUUUGCUGCCCCUGUUUCAAACAUCAGUCCAAGCUGAGGAAAGUUUCACGUGUCCCUGGUGAAAAUAGGCUUUGUUUAGUUUAAUCCAAUAUCCUCAUAUGUAAACCUGGGGGAAAUAUAACCGUGAGUUUCACUGCAGACAUUGGCAGUAUCUCUGCUGUUGUUUGUAGUGCAAUGAAAUUAAAAAGGAAACAUGAUACAUAUGAGAGAACUCAGCAUAACAUUUAUGAAAGCUGAGCAUUGGGGUCACACAUACUAAUCUUUUCAAAAUAAAGCACAUACAGUGUCAUAAAAUCCCACUGGAGAGAGGUUUAAGAUCAGGAUAAAGAUGGGAAAACUCAUCCACAAUUGAUUAAGAGUGAUUUUGACACAAUGAGCGUCUUCAUUAAUCUCAGUCUGUUAGCAUAUUUACUCUCAGUAGUCUUUAUCAAAGACUUGAACCAGAGGCCGGGUGUUGAUGCUGCUCACUGAAUGCAAAUGUCCCACUUAGAAGCCUUCCUUUAGCGUUUCACACCUCUGAUUAACUCAUUGUGAUGCUGGCGGAUAUCAAAUGGGCAUCAGCUCAUUAGGGUUGCCUUUGAAGUGGCUCCUGAAUAUCAUCAGUCUUGUAAUCCUUUUUUAAUGGAUCAGUGAGUAGGACAGUAGUUCAGCAAAAUGAUCAAUGCGACAGACUUUCUCACCUCAUGUCUCCUUGUGUUUUGCUUGAAUGCAUUGAAAAAUGGAUGAUUUAUUUAGGAAAUGCAACAGUGAUAGUGUAAACGUGAAAGGCUGAUGGCAAACGUUUGCGUUAUCAGUCUGCUUCCAUCAAUCCAGCUGUAAACCCCUAACCUCCCUUAUCUCGGCUUCUUUUCCUCUUCUUUCCCUUUCUAUCUCGCUCUUUCCUGAGCUUUGUAAUUUUAGUGUCUUUCCCCUCUGCCCUCCUUUUUAACUUAAGGCAAUAGGUGGUGAAGGGCAGGAAUGCAUCCGAGGGACUGUAAGGAUUUAUCACACUAAGGUGUGAGGGCUGCUGCCUGCGCUUCUGUGCCUGGAGAUGUAGCAGUUUAGUGCCAACAGCAUUCCCACCAUGAAGGCAAUACAGAAUUUUAUUGCUUUUCAGUUUGAUUCUGUAGACCACAUACCCUGCAGCUGCAGGCAAAGGCAGAGAGGGGUCAGGGACAGAGGGUAAAGUAGGUUGUGUAUCAGUGUGUUUGUGUUUGUGUGUGUGUGUGUUUUCAGUGUGAGAAUUGUGUAAGAACAGUUAUGUAACAUAAGCAGAAUACAAAGAAUAAUCACAGUUUAUCUCCAUCUUUUUUUAUCUAUCUAUUCGUAUGCCACACAAACAUGCUUUCUGUUUCUUGCACACUCCCCCUCUCUCUCUCUCUCUCCACUCUUGCUCUCCCUCACCCUCUCUCCCCUCCCAUUCCUUCUCUUUCCACUCCUCUCUCUCUUUCUCCCUCUCCCUUCCUCUUGCUCUGCCUCUCAGGUUACGAUGACUGGGGGUUUUCUUGCUCCCAUCUCGUAGUGUGUCCGUGUAUGUGCGUGUGACUGCAUGCGUGCGUGUGUGUCUCCCUCAGCGCUGAGCUGUGUCCUUGUCCCUGCCUCCUGGCAGCAAGGAGCCACCCAGCAGCCGGUCUGUGAUUGGGCAGGGGAGUGGGGUUCUUGACACAGCGCGGUGCUGACUGCUCCGGGACGUGUUUCAACAGAUGGUCGAGGUUAGAGAGUGUCAUCACAUCGGAGAGAGGAUUAGAGGAGAGAGGUUGUCUUCCAGGAGCUGUGUGGUCCCCCUUACUCUUCAACCUAAAGUCCCUGCACCAAGACACAAACCCCUCUAUGAGCGGAGGGAGAGCAGCUCAAGAAACGCGAGACGCAAACACAGAGAGGAAUCCUAGCCUUGCCUCUCACUCACUCGACCGGCACUCUGCUCUCCUACCUUUCAGGUACUUAACAACUUUCUUACUAUCUUUAUUUUGAUUUUGCUGUUUUACCUCUGUGUUGCACUUCUCCUCCACUGCCUCUCAGUUUGCACAGUUUACAGUAAAAUUCUGAUGCAGCAGGGAGUCAGUCAGGAGUGGGAGUCUACAAGUGCAGUAAAUCUGUGCUGUCUGUACAGCAGCUCUGUGUGCGCUGGACUUCAUAGUUUUCCCCCUGAAUGACAGGAAUUCCCUCCGUCGCAAAUUCCUUAGUCUCAGGGGAUUAGAAGGCAGCACAUUCCAUUAAUGUCAUUUUUCCCCGAAUCCAUAAGCAGCCAUCUGUUAAUUUCAAGCUCUCUGAAUGCAGGCUGUUUGAGAGGGGAAGGAACCAACCAGCUUGCUAUUAUUUAGAAAGGUAUGCUGCAUAAUGAGUUAUGUCAGUUGGAGCAUCAUACGAGUUAUAUAAUCUGCAUGACUAAAAUAUUCAGUUUGUAUUCCUGUUUCUCUCUCCUGAAUGAUUCAUUUCUGUACUAAGUAAAGACAGACUUUCCUUUAUCUAUCUCUCAGCUGUUACAGUUGGAAAGUCAAGCACAUUUUUAUCUACAUUCCCAAAAGUUAAUGUGGCAGUUUAUAUUCCCUCACUUCAGCCCAGAUAUGUUUUCAUAAAUCUUAUUCGGAGUGCACUUCUGGCAGUGUGUGUCAGUUUCGCUAAAUGGAUGGGCUGCUGAAGAGCGCUUUCCGGACAAACUGUCAGGGCCCAGCAGAGAGGCAGAGACUCAGAUUGUACACCUCACUUCAGCCAUUUAACUCCAGUCAAGUGAGAAGGGAAACUUGCCAGUGAGGUGGGCUAUAUGAUGUUUAGCGUUUAUACUCAGCUUAAGGCACUGUGCGUGUAUGUAUGUGUGUUUCUGUAUGUGUGUAUAUGAGGUGUUUUGCAAAGGAGAUUGUGCAGCUGUGAGAGGCAGUGUGGACAGCAACCGGGCUGAGAGAAGAGGAGGUUGUAUGGGUGAAAGCUGCUGUUGUGUGGGUUUAUGUUUACCUUGGUAAACCAGCCGUAGCUACACUUCCUGCUUGUUACUUGAAGUAUUUAACACAACCACCAAUAGACUGUGAUAACUUAUGCUUUAAGGCGGGUGGAGAUUUAGGUACAGAAGUGAGGCAUUAGGGAAGGUCAGUGAAACAGCUGAGCGGUAGAAGGUGAUAGACAUCUAAUUUAAGAUUCUGCAACAGUUUGAGAAAGUCAGAUAAAGUGACAUAUCUGUACGUAACAGCCUAACUUCAUUUGCAAAGUACAUUUUGAAUUCUGAAUUUUGUUUCUCUUCAAAUCAAUUUUCCUGUUUCCAGUUAGCUUGAUAUCAGAGUUCUUCUAUUCUAGAGACAAAUGCAGGACUCUGUUCUUUAUCAUGUAUAGAAUAAAAGUUUUCCUCUUCUCUGCUAGUCCACUGAAAGUAGUUUUUCUAAAUGGCACAAAAAUGCUGUGGUUUCCAUCACAGCAGCUUGUUUGUACCAGGCACAAUUAGGAGUCAGACUGGCUUACGUUUCAAAACAUAUGACCGUGCCAAUUUGUAUUACUGAAUUGGAAAGCUGGAGUAAUAUGAUGAGGUCUGCCCCCAAACUUUCUCUAUCGACGAGACCGAUCCAUAAAUCUCUCCUUCCUUACACUUUGGUUUGACCCAGGAGUUUUCAGGUUCAGUUUCUGAUUACCUCACCUGGAGCACUGCAAACCAGCUUUGGGGCGUUUUUUUUUUUUUUUUUUUUAAGAUUUUAGUGCUGACUGCCAGCUCAGAGGAGAAGGGAGAUCCCUUAAACAGUUUAGCUUCACUGUGCUACAAACAAGAGCAUGAGCAGCUGCUGCAAAUAAUUAGGUUUGGGGGGCUAGACGCUUGCCAAGACAAACGUUGUUCCAGUAGCAGCUCUGCCAUCGUUUGAAUCUGCUUUGGUGUGCGUGUGUGAAGGCGAGCGGUGAAGUCAUUCAGCCUUCUGAUAAACAUGAUGAGUGAGUGAGUGUAAAGGAAGAGGUAGGAUCUGUGCUUUUAAUAGCUGUCCAAUAUAUGUUGUAUGUGUUCUCUCAAAAUGCCAACCACAAUGAAUCAGAGACUUCCCAGACAUUUUGUGUGACUUCUUAUGAGCUGCCUGAUGAACAAGGUUGAAGGCAUUCAGGGCAGCGUUAUCGUAUCCACAAAUGGAAAGGAUGUGAACUGUUCCGGUUGGUGCUUUUUCUGUAAAAGUAGUGAUUCAUUAGGGUGUUUGUGCGGUGAAUGUUGUACCUUUUCCAUGUGUUCAGUUUCAGAAAUUCGAAAUUAAAAAAAAAGAGCCUACCAUCUUUCCCUUUCUCUAAAUCUACAUCUAGCUGAGUCAUGCUCUGUUUUAUCUUGGCCCUUCAAAUCUUUUAUAAUUGCUUUAUUCUUUAGGUUUGAGCAAACAAAGACUUGCAGAUGGUCGAAUCAAACGAAUCAGUCAAAAGAAUAACACUGCAGUAAUCCUUUAACUAACUUACUCUGCGUCUGUGAUUCUAGAGACCAGAGGAUUGCCAGUUUCUUGCUUUUUUAUCUGUCUGACUGUCUAGCAUCUCUUUCUGUAUUUUCCAUAGUUUGUGUGUGUCCUCUUGUGUGUGAGCACGAUAAGAAAAGAUUUCCUAAACCGCCCUCUCCUCCAACGCUUGUUUAUCUCUCCAGCUUAAUGAUAGUGUUCCUCACACUCGCCUGAUUGCAUAGUAGCGCCAGAGUCGAUUGCACAGACCUAUCGCUGCAAAUGACCGGUAUUUGAACAGUGUGCAUUUGGCAUGCUUUUAUUUGUGUGGGAUCUAGAAAGGCUAUCUUUAGAUGAGUCAGCCACUUUCUCACUUCCUUUGUUGUCCUCGCUGAUCAAACACUUCCACUGAGUUUCAUUGCACCAACAUGCAGCUUUCAAACGUGUCCUUGACUUUAGAGUGCAUAUCUCCAGGGAAAUGGGCCUUAUAUAUCUGGAUGCACACAAACCUGCUGCAUUUAUCUAUUUUGGGGUGUCGGGUGGCUCACAAUAGCACCCCUAUGUGUUUGUUCAGCCCCUCAUUUGAGCCCUGAAGGUCAGGGCAUGCAAACAUCACAUUCAGCUCAUCUUUGGUGGGAAUGCCUAAUCCCCCGCUCUUAGCUGUAGUACUUGCACAUGUUGCAGAGAGCAGCAAACUACAUUUAUACGCAAUACUUAACUUAUUUUGUCCAGCAUUGUUUCUCUUUUCUUUGCCUUGAGUCUCUACCUUGAUGAGUAGUUAGAAAGAAAAGAUGUGUUUUGAGAAGAAAAGGCUUUGUAAAGCCAGUAAUGACCUCUGACCAGGUUCUUGUAAUUUUCUCCUGAGAAUGAAUAGAGGGUUGAAGAUGUGGGACUGCUUUUAGGCUUUAUUCAUUACAGCACAUUUUGGCCACUAAGUGAGAGAAAGAGGAUUUUAAUGCUUCUUCUGAGAUGUCCAGAGCUUCUUUUGUUUAAAUGUCACUGCAUGUGGAUGCAGCAUGGGCUUAAGAGGGAGAAAGAGAAAGCUGGGUCAAGAGAGACACAGAGGGCAAAGUGGAAGAGGGAUAAAGUAGAAGAGGCCAAGAUAAGACAGAGGGAGGUGUGAACAUGUGAUAAAGAAGGGGACCAAAGAAGUGGUCUGAAGUGGACACAAAGAUUCAGCGAUCGAAGGCUGGCCCUUCUGCACACGGUCUUGGUUGUUACUCACACGUGCUCGCAUUCAAAACACAUGGACACAAACAUAAUCUUCUGGUGACACAGGCAUGUACAAAAGAGAAACAGAGUAAAACGUGUACACACAUACACAUCAUGGUCCAGCUUACCCCCUUCGUCCUCCACCCCCUAGAGGGCUGCACUGUCCCUGCUUUGUCAUCUCUCUUGUCCAAUAAUCCCCUCCCCAGGGAGAAGCAAUCUGUUUUAGAUUUGAAAGAGAAAGGGCCCUGCCUGUAUCACGUACAAUUAAGCAGCCGUCAGAAUGCGUCGGCCUAAGUUUGGAGGGAGAAGUGCUGCCACUGGGGGGUUGUCCCUUUCAUCCGCCGCCUUUCCAGAAUGGAGAUAAUAGGGUGGGAGGGUUGGAGGGACGGGAAUGGAGGGGGACAGAGGGAAUGAAUACAUUUCCUCACCCCUCCAUCCCGCUCCACAGCUCGACUAAUAGAAGCCAGCAUGCGUUUGUUUCAGCUCUUCUGCUCCUUUUCUUCCCUUCUCCCCUGGAGCGGGCAAACACAUUCAGCUCCUGCCAGUGCGCCCCUCUUCUGCCCGUGUGCGUCUGUGUGUGUGUGUGUGUGUGUGUGUGUAUGUGUGUGUGUGUGUGUGUGUGUGUGUGUGUGUGUGUGUGUGUGUGUGUGUGUGUGCACAAACACUUGUAUGUGUGGACUUGGCCAUGUGCUACUGGUAGCCUCUGGUCUUGUUUGCCCUCGCUUGAACACUUAACUGCUUCACUAUGAAGAUGCAGACUGGUUGGAUAUUUCGAGCAGCUGAAAAAUUGAAGGUUGAGCAACUUUGUUUAAACUGACAAGGUCCAGCAUUGCAUGACAGCAUUAUCCCUGCUUUGCUUUUCUUGAACCGCCUGUGGCAAGUUCAGCCGAGUUUGGCUGGUGUCUCUCAAACACGCUGGGAUGAUGUGUCGACUGCAUUCCUUCAGCUUUGGCUCAGACGUAGAGUCAUGGAAGGAUUUGGAGCAGUAAGCUUCCUGUUUUCUGCUUUGUAAGCUAAUUAUAUCUUAAGAUGAUAACCUAAUUUAGAUAUUGUACAAUGCAAGAAGAUCAAGAUUUUAUGCCAGGCAGGAUAAAGUUAAUUAAAUCACAAAUGACGUUACUGCAUGCUUUGGAGAAGCCACACACAGAGCCAGAGGCAAUGGAAAGGAGAGCUCCCCUGUGUACAAAUUACAGGUUACGUGUCUGUCUGCGUUGAAGUCUGACUGAUUCUUUCUGACUGUUUCAGUGAAUGACUGGUGCUCAUACAGAGUGAACCAUAUCCAAAUACAUAUGCUGCCAUGCCCAAAGGGAUUGGGCAGAGGAGAGUGCUGAACAGGCACAGGUGCAAUCGGACGAAUGCGUUUUAUGAGCGGUAUCAUGUUGGUGCGCUACAGCCACAGAGAGGUUUGUUUAUGGCGUCCAGGGUCACGCAGGCUGGUUCUCAUGCUCUAUGUUUGUCUACAGUUCCCGGAGAAUAUGCCUACACAUGUUCCACAUUUUAGGGGUGUUUGGUUUCAUGCGCCAGCAGCAGUACUGCACUGCUGACUGAGCUGCCGCUACCAGGUCAUACUGAGGAAUCUGCCUUUUGUGUUGAUCGCCUCUUGGAAAUGGUGUGGGUCUUUUUUUUUUUUUUUAAAGUAAAGGGGGGCGUGACUGAAUUGUGUGCUGAAUGGUUGUUCCCAUUUUUUACUCAUAUGUGGGUUAUCUGCAGAGAUGGACACAGUUAAUGAAAAAAUGAACUCUGUGAACUGUUCUUUGGCAAACACAGAUGUUAACUUAAAUGACAGUUAAUUAUAAAUUCAUUAUGUUAGAUAUUAACAGACGUUAUCAUUAUUGUUAAACUUCAAACCUGUUAAAAGUCCAAUGGUCCCAUCGAUCCAAAUCCAGUAAAGAUAUAUGAUCUUAAUCUCUCCGCUUCAAAUCUACAAAGGCCAUAUGCUCUCGCUCUAGUUGUCCGCGAUCCAUCUAAUCAUAUGAGAGCAAGGUCUGGAUCUCUCCUCUUAUUCAGCUAAACAACCUCAGUCUUAAUGCUCCCAAUGACUCUUUUAGUGAUCCAGAUCCUUAAGCUCACCAAGAACCACCUCUUUUGGUAUCAAAACAGCUUUUAUUAGUGUCGUCCAUGCUCAAGAGCUGGCUUUUUAGAGCUGCAUUGAUCGGGAUCGAAUCAUAACUAGACCCUCCAGCUCUACACGAAUGUCUGCUGCCACAGAGCUUCAAUUCCGCAGUGAGGUCAGGUAAUGUGGAAGUGAUGGUGUUAAAGACAACUGAAUUUGACAGAAGUUAAAGGUUUUCCUUAAACCCCAUAUUUUAAACUCUAAUUUUAAAAUCGACACAGAUAAUUAAUAAUAAUUGAUCUCUGGUUAUCUGGCUUUACAGGCCAUAAGAACACCCUGUCCAUGUGAAUUCAGCAUUAUAUUGGUCACUCUUCUUCUAUCUAUCCACUAGAAAGAAUCAAUAGCAAUAGCACUUUGGAAGUAUCAUAAUGGAGGUAGAAAUUUCAGUGGUUGACUUAGCUUUACCAUCUCUAUUAACAACAGUGCAUUCAUAAGGUGAACUUUUAAAGGGGGUCUAUGUGACUCAUUCAGUUUUGUUUAAACUGCUUAUCUUUACUGACAGACCAGAGGGGUUUUUCAUCUUGUAUUUAUAUUCAUUUCAGCUGCUUACACUCAUCUCAUUGUCUGUCUGUUUGAAAUUAUGUCUUGGAAGUGAUGUUUCAAGGCUUAAUUUUUCCCAGAAGAGCAGCGCUCGUAGAGUUUGAAAGCAGGAUGUUCUGUUUACCUUUCUUUUUUUCUUUUUUGCUGCCAAGCACAACACUGUCUGUAUUGAAUUAAACAUGAUUAUCUUCUGUCUAUAUAAUAAGGAAAGAGGACUCUAUUUUUACUCUAAAGGGUUGGAUGGGAAAAAUUGAAGCAGAAUUUGCCGUAUAGAACAUUUUCCUCAUUAUCCUAGCUUGUGAUGAAAAAGUAUCUCAGCAUUAUGAUGCUUUGCUUGUGUGUGUCUCUUUGUCUGAUGUCAGGCUUUACCCUCCAUUUCUAUCCCAGUUUUGAGGUCUGAGGUCAGUUUGAGACUUUGUAAAGUUUGCAUGCUGUUGCUACUGCACUGCUCUGUGUAAAACAACACAACUAUAAAAGAGAUUUAUCCCACACCAUCACCCCUCAUCAAACAACAUCACAGUCUACCACAGUGUCUCAUUCUGUCACUGCACAGAGCUUUUUGCUCAACAAAGUAUUUUUCAUUCACACAUUUUAAUCUCUGAUUUCUUUUCCUUGUCUGUCUCUCCAUCUUUCCCUCAUGCCACCAUGCAGCUGAUUUUAUGGAAAAGACAUCCAUCUCUAUUCUUGACAAUUACCUCAGUGGAAACCCAUUAAAGCAAUUUGCCACAGCUCUCUUUUGUGGGAAUGGGAAUAAUUUAUCUUUGGUAUAUUUGAAGAGUCAAAGAGACAAGAAAGCCACCCGUGAGUGAGCAAUAUGUUCUACCGCCUCUUACUCUGGAGCUCCUGCAGCCUGAUAGUGUGUUUUUGAUGGGAGUGUGGGUUUUGACAAGAGAGAGUAGGCUGGAGGAGGAAUAUAAAUGAAUUUUAUUCAUCUGAGGUCGUCUAUCGCAAAUGGUUUCCAUUCAUGGUUUUGAAUAGAUUUAACUAGAGAGCACUGGCUUUAGGCCCAUAUCACAAAACUGUGGCUGCUGAUCCUCUAAUUGUGAUUCCAUGUUUAGAUAUCACACUAUAAAUCAGAUAAGUGGUUCAGCUUUCAUUCAGUCUCUUCCUCCUCUUUCUUCCUCUUACCCUUUUCCUCACCCUUUUAAGUAGUAAAACUGCUUUUCCACUUGUACAGUUGGCCCUCACUUGAAAAGCAAACCUAAAAAAGACAUGUACAUCCUCUAGAAAGUUCAGAAAAUCAUUCAGGGUCGUGCGGUUUCUCCGUGCAUCUGUGUUGUAUUGAUAUCACAGGUUUAUAAAAGAAAAUCAAAUGAAUGCAUCGCUGUUGCCCUCAAAAUCUGAAGAGAGAAGCAUAACCCGCCUUUACAGAUUUCUCCAUCUGGGUUCUGAACUAAGUACCAACUUAAACUAAAGGACACUUACCUUAUCUAUUGACCCUGAAGCCCCAGACUAGCUCAGAAAUACAGCCUACUUCAAAGGGUAUCCUUAGCUUGGACUCUGAAUACUCAAAUGCAGUUCACCCUCAGGACAGGAACACACAUACACAAAGACAAAUAAAUACAGGCAGCUUUUGCCAUUUCUGAAAUGACCUUGUGUAUUUUUUAAUCAUUUUCCUCUUAGAGUCCUCACUGCCCCCUCAUGGUUUCCAGACCACUUGGUGGUCCACAAGCUAUUCCUACUUUGAAGUCUUUUGGACCAGGAUUCAUUUAAUUAUACAUUAAGAUGCAUCCAUAAUAUUGAUGGGGUAGCCCGGCAGCCUUAGCACUACAAAGGAUCUCUUACUGGGGUCGAAAGAAACAUGAGGGGUUCCACUAAUAGCCGUGCACGCACUCGCUCCAGGUUCACAUUUCACUGAAUCGAGGCCAUUCUUCUUCAUUAAAGUGGCCUGCAUUGUACCCAAACACACCGCAUACCAGGGAUGGGAAUCAUUCCUUGCUGCAAAAUCUGAACUUCGAUAGUCGUAACAUGGAUGAAAUGAAGAUUCUGGAUGUGCCUGUUGAGGUAAGGAGCUGUGUAGCUGUAAACACGUUGAUACAAAGAGCCAGUGAUCACCCUUCCCUGCCUUGCACUUCUCUUUUUUCACUGGAAUUUUUUCAGAGAUCCUCCACCAAUCUGGGCAUUCUGGUCAAACAAAUCCAUGAAGUUAAGAGUCUAAAAACACCAAGGUCUGAGCAUUUUCCAAGUGCGUUCCCACGGCCAAGUGGGUGCACCGGGACAGAGCUCUCCUUCAGUCUGCUUGGUGCGACUGACGGGCCAGUCUUGGUGGGUAAAGUCUGCAGCCCUUGGCCUGGCGAGCAGAGCAGUUCCUGACACAGGCCCUUCUCAGUGCAAAACCCCUUGUCAGCCCUUGUGGCAGUUCACCAGCUGAAUUCCCAUGGAUCACAGAAAUAUUUGGACAAACCCUAAUCUAAGGCCCUGAAAUGAUCAUUUUCCCCAUAUGAAAUAGGGAAGGGGAGCAGUUAGUGUUACUUACCUUCUUCUGCUGUCUUGGAGAUAACCUUACAAACACAUUGAAGUACUUUAUUCUUCUUUUUACCUUUAUUGUAGUUUGUCUUUUAUAGUUUUCUCAUGGUUCAUGUUAGGGCGAAGUCCGUACACUAAAUCGUGACAAUGCAGAAGGGCUGUUACCACCAUAUCCAGCCAUAAAUCCUUUAGAAGGACAGAACAACCUGCAGAUUUCAAAAAACGCCAGCGGACUUCAAUUAGUUUUUCUUUGCUGUUGUUCUUCUGUGGCUUGGCUGCAGAAUAGAGGGGGAGCAAGAGAGAAAAGACAGGGAUAGGAAAGGACUUGAGGCACUGCACAAUAGCCACUGUCUUUAAAAGUAAGACCCUUUAUGAAUGACUGAUUUAUCGUUGUACAGCUUAGCAUCUGUUUUGGGUUCGACUUGCAUUUUGAAGUGGGAGGGUAAACCUCUUCACCUCCAAACUCUUUAUGUUAACAUAAAGUCUGUAGGUGGACAUGCAUUAGAAGACAAAUACACAAGGAUUCAUGGCUAUCACUCAGCGUGCUUGUUACUGAGAAAGUUCUGUCUCCACCGAGCGUCUGCUGUUUUUCAGUGACAGAUGAUAAAUGCACGGGCUGCCUCUGCUGACUGAACAGAACCUGAGCCAGAUGCAGCCUGUUGGCCAUUGCUGAAAUGAAUAUGCUGGCCAAUCACAAGCAGCCUUUUACGAGACCUUUGUUAUUUUCAUACCUCUGCACAAGACCCCCUCCAAUCAAUUUUUUUUCCUCUUCCCUCAGAGUUUCCCCUCUUAACCUCAGUGUGUGGGUAGCCUCAGGUUGCUGAGGUUAGGUUAAACAAGCCACCAUCAAAGCCAUAUUACCACUCGGGUCAGAGGAGGGUCAGGGUGCAGCGGGGUGUGUGGUUUGAGGCCCUAACUGGAGGGCACAACUGCCAACCAGCCAAAUAGUGCUGCCCUGGAUGGUUACACAAGCAGCAACUCUAUUAUGUUCAGCUUUACUUGGUGCACAAAGCGCAGCUGUCUGUGCAGCCGUACCAAAUCACUGAGCAGUGCUGCAUGUGCCAAAGGAGGGUAAGUGAAAGAGUUCUCUGCAAGUAAAGUAAGAAAAAAAAAAGUUACUUUCAUGAAAGUGAAGAUUAGGAGGGUGUUGAGGUGUGCUAAACAUCCCUGGUGUUGAUGGCCAUUAAUCUGAAAAUUACACAUCUUUUAUGUAUCUGGCAGCUGCGUGUCUCUGAACUCCACAGUGAUCUUUUUGUUCCAGUCCUUUGAACCCCUGGGCAUUUAACGUUCCUCACAUCCCUCCCCAAUAUUCCUCCCCCAGCUUAACCAUGAUGAGUACAGUAAAGGCUCAUUUAAAGGGUCAUUAGUGCUAAUCCUCCAAAACAAUGAGGAAGGAGAAACAAUGUUCUCUCUGGUUCUCCAGGGACUUUAUCCAAGAAUAAAGACCUCUUGUCUGCUCCACAGAUGUAUUGAAGGAACCUGUUGCACUCAUAUCACACUGGAUGACAUAAAUAAAUGACUCAUUCAAAAAAAGGGUCUGCAAAAAUUGCCACUAACAAACUUCUUAUGGGGGAUUUCUUAGGGUCAUUGAAACUGUCUAUAUACUUCAUCUCAGAUUUGAAGGCAAAUAAACACCUAGAUUUCUGAUUGUAUACCAUUUUCCUCCGAUAUAUACCGUCUGUGUAGCAUCUUUAGUUUACGUCUUGCGGUGCUAAGAAUUAAAAGCACUGAUCUGUGUCUCAGGGGUAAAAGUCAGAGACUGUAUAUAAAAUGGACAGCGUCUGCCUCCUUGCUGGGUGAAGCCACUCCGAGAACAGCACCCUCUGUUGAUGGGCUGCAGUACAGGUCAUAAAUCCCGCCUCUGCCAGCAGAGCUUGUGGAGCUGUGGACAAACUUUAGAAAUUUAUUACGCAGAAUAGAAAUUUUUCUCCCCCCUGGUUGCGAUGUUGACAUGUCGUUACAGUAAGACUGGUUUGUGCUCAAGUCCUCUUUUUUCUGUGAAGCUUCGUUUUUAAAAGUUAUUGGGGGGUUCAUGUUUUCUCUGAUUGACACCUGAUACAGCCUAUUGGUGUUAAGGGAUUGCGUAGCUCUCUCGGGGGAUACGCUGUUUGAGCCAAGCGUCAUCACAGCGACUCUGCCGCUGAAUCCGCACAACGCUGCUACGCAGUGCUGGUUUCAGGAAAUUAAGAAAAAAACGCGGAAAUACCGAGAGCUUUUUGGCUUCAAAUCCGUAUACUGGCGGGAGGCGGAACCAAGUUGUCCAUAGUUUAUACAGUCUAUGGUAAAAGUCCACAAACUCCAGUUUCUAUACAGCUAUGUUGCUCUCCAGUACCAUCUUUCCUUGCAUGUAAAAUUUGUAAUCCUGCUAUCUGUACUCAAAUUUGGUAACUUAGAUAGUUGAAGGGUACAAACAGACCCACUGCCUUGCAACUUAUUCGCAUAUAGUCAUGCCACACAGUCACUUGUCCUGCACUGGGGAGUCUUUUCAAUCGAACCUGUGCUCCACACAGUUUAUUUAUUCAGUAGGUCAAAAAUGUUUGUACUCUAAAGAGCGUUCACCUUCAGAUGUACUGCUGUCAAAUGACCCUCAUGUAGAAACGUUUGGCAGACAGAGAGCUGGUAGAAACAGCUCUGGCCAUGAAUGAACUUCGGAUGACCUUGUGAGGAAAGUGGAUCAGGAAAAAUGAAGUUAGGAUGAGAGGUGACCUAAAGGACAGGGGGAGGUCCGCCCUCGUCAUGGCAGCAGCUGUGCUCUUCAGUUUGAGCCGGAAUCCCAUUGGUUGUCGUGUGUGGCACUUAAUUAGCCCUGCCAUCUCAGUCGUUUCAGACAGUGUAGCUAUUGAUACCAGUAUAACUAACAGCAUCAGCACCACAAGGUUUGUAUCAGAUUUCACAAUGAGCCUUCUUGUGUGUUUUCUCACUUCUCUCAGUUGCAUGAAGAGGCUAUUGCUGGGAGCCAUUGGCAUGUAAAAUUGAAUUUGUGCUGGGUGCUAACAUUACACUGGUUGGCUACUAGCUUACAGUUGAUUUCAAGUCUUCCCCUCCUGCAGAAAUAGAGACGUCAGUUUUGUCUAGAUCUGGGUUGUGCCUAUUGUUUCUGGGAAGCGUUCCCAUUCCUGUAGGAGGACCUCGACCCUCACGGCAGGAGAACGUGUUUUUUUUUUGUGGGAGAAAGCCUCUGUGUGUGAGUGUCUUAUGAGUUCCUGUGUGUCACCAUAUGUUUGUACUGUAGUUUGUGUUGUGUGAGGUUUUGUGCACUCUGCCACCCUACGCUGGAGGGGUGUUUGUCCAAACAGCGCCAAUGUUUGCACAGGGCUGUCACGAUGACUGGGCUGGCUGGCUCAGACACUGCUCAUCUGAAAUGCAGGACAAACCAAAGUGCUCUUAAAUCUCUGCCUGAAGCUACACUGGAGACAGCAUCUAUCUAGAGUAAAACCAGAUAAACAGUUCAGCACAAGAUAAAGAACAACACAUACCUUUGAACCAUUUGAAUUACAGGUAGGAGUUGAUUAGUUGUAGUUGUGUUUUCCUGCUUACAUCCAUCUGCUUUAUGAGAAAAGGAUUUUACAGAUAGUUUGUGUAAGUGUGUGUUACAGUUAUAAAACUACAUAAAGCUAGGUUUUAGUGGGCUGGUUUAGCUCAGCGCUUAGUCAUGAACCCCAGUCCUCGAAGGGGGCAGCUUCUCUGCAUGCCAUUCCCUAUUCUCUUCCCCCAGUUUCCCACUCCGUCUAUUGUCCUCCCUAAAUAAGGCAAAAAACCCAACAAUAAAACCCUAAUCAAAUCUAGAUUUUAUGUAUUUUUCUUUUGUAUGCAACUCAUAAAUACACAAUAUUUAUGCAAAGACCAACACAGCGUGUCAUCAUGUUAGAAAAAUAAUCCAGAUUUUCCAUUUUGAAAGACUUUUUAAAAGUAGAGCCUGACUGGUUUCUCUUUUUGCAGUUACUAUCAGGCAUAAAGUGUCCCUCGGUACGCAGCUUCUGCUCUGCAUUAGGAGUGGUUGAACAAACAGAAUCAGGUACAAUGUUCUCACCUAACUUAGAGAAAAGAUGCCUCCUUGUUGCUUUUCAAACUUGUAUAAAAUUUGCAUAGAAGAUGUUUUUUUAUUCCAGCAUCAGCCUCCAUAUCUAUUCUGGUUGCCCUUUGAGAAUCAUCAUCAAUCUGAAAAUUCUCACACUAGAUUGAACUGAUUUUCAGAGUUCCUCCAUUAUGAGUCAGAUGACAUAAAUGAUGACUUAAUUAAGGUGUUGCUUACACUCCUCGCCAAUUGGUGUCGGCCCCUUUGUGGAAGUAAGUGUCGAGGUGGAGCCGCUCAGCUGGGUUUGUCUGGCUCAGGUGUCAUGAACCUGUCAUUUGUUUUCAGGCCAUUAACUGAGAAUAGAGAACGGUAUGGUGUCACCCUGCAGGGUGGUUACUGCCCAUAAGGCCCUUUUUCACAGGCAGUGAUGGAGCACUUAUUGUAACAGCAUCAUUGUCCUCUGAGCCAUUCUGCCACCGCAAUGCCGUCCAGGUGAGCUUCAAUGAUACAAAGGAUUUUUAUAUAUGCGUUAGGAGUUGUGAUCUUUCUGUGUUGGAUACAAACAUUUUAAAUAAUGUCCAUCUUCUACUGUCAGGGCUCAGGCUAAGUACCAGUAUACAUUUCAUACUGGCCCCUGCUUUUUAGGAAAAAAUGAUUUGCAGGCUGUUUGUGACCAACCAUGACUUUGUAAGUGAGCAAGAGGCUGCAAAGUGGUGCAAUGACUCAGUGGUACGCUGUGAUUGGCGACAGUGGCACUGAGGUUAAUGUAGCAGAACCUUCUCUCCGCCUCUUGUGCCCCCUAACCCCCUCCCCCCUAGUGUGGUCCCAUCCUCCCUACCGGCUCACUGUCACGCUUGACUCAACAGGGGGUGACUUUUGAGUGACAGGUGGAAGGUGGACCAUGAUUGGCUGACACAGGAGAGUGGCUGUGGGUGUUCGAGUGCAGGCAGCCAAUGGCACAGACUUGGCACGGUUAGCUGAACAACAGCUCUCCAGUAGUGAUAGAGAGUUUCCGAGUGUGAGUGUGUGUGUUAUCUGAUACAGAGGGAGAGAGUGAAAAACACAAGAAAAAGUGCUGGGAUAACAGAAGAAGAGAGAGGAGAGAAAAUGAGACUUAAAGGAUUCUCUGAGGUGAGAUCAGUGUUUCUAGAUCUUUGCUUUUCUUACGUUUUAAAUGGUUUGAUGAGUUGCUGUGAUUUUUCGGUUCUGGUCAGGAGAGAUGAUGUUGAGGGAUUUAGUUUCCAGGGGGAGAGUAUUUAUGGGGUUUCAGUCAGGAUGCAACACAUGUUUGAACUGUUGGGUAAGUUUUCCGCGGUGGACCAUCAAGGGCUUAAGUGCGGAAGACUCUUUUUUGGCUCCUCUGUUUAUAUAUAAACUGUUGUGUUUGAGUGUGAUUUGUGACCAGAUGCACCAAGUGUUUCUGAAGUGAAGAGGCUUCGAAGUUUCAGGAGGAAACUAAGAUUACACAGACUGUAUUUCUAGAAACUUAACACAGUCUCCUUUUUUUACUGUUUUUAGAAAGAUCUCCUUUUUUUUCCUGUGUUCCUUGUUGUAAUAUAUCCAUGUAAUUUCUCCUCCUGUCUCCUCACAGCGAGCCACAGCUGAGGGAGCUGCACGGGUGUGAGUGAGUGGCCUGGCUGGACCUCUUCUCCCAGCUGUCCCUAAUCCUGCCACCUACCCAGCCAAUCUCUCGUCGUCUGGAGCACCAUGCUGGUGCACUGGCUGGCUUGGAUGGUCCUGUUGUCUCUGGACUGGACUCCAGGCAGCUGGGCCUUCAUUACCACAAGGGCACAAGGGCUGAGGGGUCGCAUCCAGAGAGACCGUAGAAACAUCCGGCCAAACAUUAUCCUCAUCAUGACGGACGACCAGGAUGUGGAGCUGGGUAAGGCUGGCACACUUCCUGGUCUCCUUUGAAUCCUUUGAACCCUUUUUUUUCAGGCGCCUUUCUGCUUUUUUUUUUUAUAAAAGAAAAAAAACAUACUGAGUUAGUUUCUCUUCUUUCUGUGAGACUGCCUCAUUCCCACAUUGUUUUAAUCAAUUUCUUUGUCUUUAUGGGCAUUUGCAUAGGAUUUAUGAGGCCUUUCUCACCACAUGAAAUAUUAAACAGUGGCCAUAAGCCAAAGCUGGAUGGCCAUCUGGCCUAUUAACAUCUGAAUUAUAAUUAAUUACCUCUAAGUGAACUCAGAAGAAAAGGUCAAGUCAUACAAACAAUCAGAACUGUCUUUAUCCACAUGAAAUUCAACUCUAUAUUCUUUUGUUGGAGAUUAAUUUGAAAAAAAAAAAACUCUGACACUUGACCCCCAAACCUUUUCCUUCAGGUUCAUUACAGGUGAUGAAUAAAACCCGUAAGAUCAUGGAAGAUGGAGGCACAACUUUCACCAAUGCCUUUGUCACCACACCCAUGUGCUGCCCAUCUCGUUCUUCCAUGUUGACUGGAAAGUACGUCCACAACCACAACACAUACACCAACAAUGAGAACUGCUCCUCCCCUUCCUGGCAGGCUCAGCAUGAGCCGCGCUCAUUCGCUGUCUAUCUCAACAACACUGGCUACAGGACAGGUGAGUAAACAAAGACAUGCUCUUAUGUUUAUAAGCACUGAAUCAAGGGCCUUUAUUAAGUCCACAAUGAAGAGAUUUUUUUUCCUUGUUUAAUAGGAACAAAUAACACAUUUAAAAGUCAGGGUUGGGUAUCAUGAGACUUUUUUUCCUCUAGGAUACUGCCAAUCACCAAGAACUCAAACAUCCUCCUGGCUUCUUCAUACUAGCUUAAUACAAAUUUAUACAGCAAGCUAAACUUGACUCUGCCCUGCCUGGCUGUCUGCUGUGAGAAAUGCAAACACAGUGAGUGUGCCAGGUCGCUGUCAUGUCGCCCUAGACAGUGUCUGUGUGAGUGAUGGGCAGGCGUUAGACUGGGCAGCUCAGUGGGGUCCUGUGGGCUGCAGCGUGGCCUGCGGUUUUCGAGCCGAUGCGUUAGCCUGCAAUUAGCCUGCUCUGGGACAGCCUGGCGUCCUGCCCAGCUUAUCCAAGAAAUCUCUGCAGAGGAGUCGGUAAAAUAGGAACGAGCCGAAAAAGUGAUGCGUCACACAGAGAAAAAGUCACAGAUGUACAAAAAUGGAGGUUUCCACGGGUUUAAGUUUAUGAAGGAAGAAUGAGAAGAUAAAUUAUGGAUCCUAUAAAUUUUUUUUUUUUUUUUAAAAGACAUUCUCCUUCUGCUGUCCUUCUCUUUUCUGCAGGCUUCUUUGGCAAGUACCUCAAUGAGUACAAUGGCAGCUACAUCCCACCUGGGUGGCGCGAAUGGGUUGGAUUGAUAAAGAAUUCCCGCUUCUAUAAUUAUACUGUCUGUCGGAAUGGUUACAAGGAAAAACAUGGUGCCGAUUAUGCAAAGGUAUGUGUUCCCAUCACUUCUAAAGAGAGACUAUUAACCCAAUCAUUCAUUUGUUUUCCCUUUAUGACCUAAUAUAAAGGCUUUGCCUGACAAAUUGCAGGUUCCUUUCCAGUUAUAAAUAUAGACAGUGAAGCACUUCACUUAUCAUGGUGUCGUGAUCCAGGCUGACAGGAAUUUUCAUUUGAGAAUUAGAGGGAAUGAGCUGUUCGAGGUGGCGUCUCCUCUCUCUGCCGCAUCCCUUUAUUAUGACGCACCUUACCUCAACAUUUAGACACUGUGAAGCUGAAGCAUAUUUAUAAGGAGGAAACUUUGUCCGUGAUAAAUACCACCCUUAGCUUGUUUUUGUCUGCGUCUGACUCCUUUUUCCUUUACUUUAAGUCAUGGGGAAUAUUUGCACUAUGAUAGCACAAUAAAAAAAGGGAGAGGAAACUUAACCACGGUCUGACUCUGGAGAUGAACACUGUGGUUACACUGUCUUUUUUGCGGCUGUGGAUGGCAUUAGCGAUCAGUCUUCCACAAAUGUUUUUGCAAGAGCUGUCAGGUUGUUUUUCGCAGCUCUAUGCCAAUAUCUUCCCAGGUAGCGUUUCUUUGGGUACAUGAGGAAUCCAUGAGGAGGGUUUGUAGUUUGGAUGCAUGUCAAGUUUCAAGAUGGUCUGCCCAAAAGACAGGCGAACAAAUGUUUGGGCUGCUAUUCCUCUGCCAACUUGGACUGAGGUGUAAAGUUACCCACAAGCUGAGGCCCAGGUGUUUACAUGACAUGGGCUUGGUCAGCAGAUUGUGGUUAGAAUCCAAAUGGACACUCUAUUUGCUAUUUACCACCAACAACCAUCAACCUGGGACCACUCAGACUCACACAGCUCCUCUUUUUAGACUCACAUGGGGUGAGAGGUUUAUGGUUAUCCACAUGUAGAGCCUCUGGCACACAGAGACAUUGUGAUUAGAUGAGGCACUCGCCCAGUGAUUUCAUUCAAUUAAGUCCCAUCUGAUUUUCCAUCUGUAGGAGGAUGAGUUCACUGAGGUUAAGGCCUUUGUCAAAGCCUUUUUUUGUGUGUGUGUCUAGGAGAAUGCAUUCAUACUCUUUUUUUUUUCUCUCUAAAUCUGUAACAACCAUCAUUAAGACAUUAUGCAUCCUGUUCAGCCAAUCCAAUUUGAUGCUGAAGUUUCAGUCCUAGCAGAGUUUCCAUCAUGAUCAGGAAGUUUGAAAUAACAUUUAAACCAAAAUCACCCUGCUUCUCUGACAGUCAAACCAUGUGAAUUUAAAAUGUCAGAAUCCAGAUUUCUACGAGUAAAUGUCAAUGGGAAAUCAGACCAUGUGUUAACGAGUUUGUAUUACGUGACUGCCACUCUGUAUUCACCAUCUCCAAAGGGUUGUGGGAAAAGUGAUACUCUUCACCUCCCUGACCAUUUCAGAGCUGUUGGCUAGGCAUUCCCCAUGACACUGUCACUUCCUUGCGACCUGCCAGAGCCUUAAGCAGCAUUGGCACAGAUUUCCUGAGAGCUGGUUAACACGGAGAAACAAGUAUGGCAUCGCUUUGCUGUGCCAUGUGCACGCAAUCACCAGCCUCCACUGGCAUCUGCAGCCGCCAGGUCAUUAAGGCUGUCCUGGCUAUAAAGCCUAAUAAUAGAGACAGGAUGAAUCAGCCAGACACACUUCUGACAUUUCAGGGAAAUCACCCUUUACCCUUUCAUUCUGAGCCUGGCACUCCCUUCCGUGUGUUGUAUGCCAGACAGCGGCAUGCCAAAACUGCAGGUAGAAUGGUUGGUCUACUGUUGGAAACUUGGCAAAUGCUUUUGUGAUUUCAGUUCAGGGUGUGUCGUCCUACUGUAUGUUUAAAAAAAAGAGUCUCCGCCACACCUAGAACAAAGGCUGUGAUAAAAUGUCAACGCCUGUGGCUUGUUUGAUGUGACAAUUUCACAUUUCCUGAGUUUAAGCUCUUUAAAGUAAGCAGUACUUUCGUUCAGUUCGCUGUGCUGCUGAAAUUUGAAAACAGAUCACUCAGGGUCUAUGAGACAUCCCUGUAUCCUUUGUGUUCUGUUAUGUUACCAUUCACUUCAGUUUGUUUUCAGACCAACGCCUCAGGCUCGCACAUUUGGAGGUUCUUGUAUGUGAUUUGUGUGUUCCAUUUUUUCCCAGACUGUAUCAUCAAGAACAAAAGAAAACAGGCAUGAGCACGGGGACAAAAUGAAAUGAAGUUAUGCAGGAGAGGAGAAUGGCUGGUCGAGAGUGGGGUACAGACGGUGGGAACUGUCAUAACAACAUACCAUUUGAGAGCGCCAGGCUCCUCUCACCAUCAAGUGGUGUCACAUUCAAUAGUGGAGAGAUUCACUGAUGAGGCAACAGCCCAUAUACUGUAUACACAUCCACACGGACCUGAGCCCUCACUCACAUUUACACACACACACACACAGGCAAGCUGCCAGCUGUUGACUCGACAGAUUGGUAAUGUAGUGUACUCAAUGGCCCCGGUUCAUAUCCCCACUGGCCCCUCUCCAUUUAUUUGAAAAUGACUGGACGAGGGAAAGCAACAUGUCAUGCAGAUUGGGUUGGGAAUGAGUUUUAUCAAAGCUUGUGUUGUUUAGCAUGCUUACCCAGUUCCUCCUCCUCUUCUCGCCAUCUGUGGCUGGGAUUUUCAACCCUGCAGCACCUAAUAAAUCCAGUUUAUUCAUGGUGUUUCUCUCUUUUUUUUUCCAGGACUAUUUCACAGACCUGAUCACCAAUGACAGCAUAAACUUUUUCCGCAUGUCCAAGCGGGUGUACCCUCACCGCCCUGUGAUGAUGGUCAUCAGUCACGCUGCCCCGCACGGCCCUGAGGACUCAGCUCCGCAAUAUGCUGAGCACUUCCCUAAUGCUUCACAGCACAUGUAAGUUACAUGCAAAUUCCAGUUGUUGCACAUGCUCAAACACAUACACUCAUCAGCGCUCCCACAGUGGAAUUUAAAUGCUGUGAAAUAUUGAAAAGUGAAUGUGCAGGGCUUAUGUUUGGGAAAUUAUACACCCAGACGUUCCUGCAGCUUUCAUGUGCCGCUGUAUGGAAAUGUUCGUGUUAACGUCCAAUUACAGAUUUUAUGAUUUGGUGUACCUGACGUUAUUACAGUGUAUGCGCCCCUUAAUCCCCAGUGAUGACAGGUUAUUUGGAAGUUCCUGGGGUCUCAGACUCAGCAAGCAUGAAAUCAAAAAGAUUUAUCAUCCAAGAAAAGCUCGGGCACAUACCAUUAAGAAGAUCAGUGAUGGCUUUUUUUAAAUCAUGCGCUGUACUCGUGCCAAGCCAACAUUGGCCUUCCUCAACUCCUCGCUGCAAUGAGGCAGCGCUCCAAUACUCGGGGUCGUUUCAUGGCAACAUGCCCACCAUCUCUUGGUGAGCCAAAGCUCCCAGGAUGUACUACUCUACUGGGUGGGGGGAAGGGUGGUGUUUUUAGAGUGGUGGAAGGCUGCUGUUUUCACUGUAGUCGCUUUUACUCUGUUUCCCAGUUUUUUUCCUUCUUUCAUACUCUCACUUUCUACCCACUCAACGUUUCCCUCUCUACGUUUGCCCUUCAACUUUGUCUAUCUCUAUGUAUCUCUCCAUUUACUUCCCCCCCCCGUGUCUCCCAGUGUCAUCUCUUGCUUCCUCAUUCUUUGCCCCUCUCCCCUCUUCCACUCGUAGAAGACUUCCUGAUUCUGUCCAUAUCAAUCAGUUUUUUCUCCCCGCGGCUCUAGGGACGAGAGGAAUGCAUUGUGCGCCUCGGAACACCCUUUGUGACAUUAUUAAUUUAUUUUUAGCUCCAGCCUCCGGGUGAAGGGGGUGGGGCUGGGGCCCGUGGGUGACUAAAGGGGUUGCCCCAGUGAUUGUGUGUAGGUUUUGUGUGGUGUGUGGGGAGUAUGUGGCGUGACUUUUGUGGCGGCGUAGCUGGUUAGAACGGGAGAAUGUUUGUUUUGGUGUUUGUUGUCUUAACACUUCAGUCACAGAUAUGGGAAAAAGUUUUCAAUGAGAGAGAGCCUUUUUGCAGCUGGUUGCUUUGUAGACAGGGUUCUUGGCACAGUAACAUUUUGAGUUGCGGUAAUUUUAUGCAAAGCCAAUGGACCAUAAAGUACCUCUGAGUCAAAAUGCACAGAGAUGGGAAGUAAGGGCGCUGGAGUAAAGGAGGAGUCGCCUCAUAAAUCAAAUGAGCGUCUGUACUUUUGACAGCAACAAUAGCAGGGGAGGUUUGAUGUUAAUGUCAUUAACAUUCCUCUCUGAAGGUGUCUCUUGGAUCCGAGCGUAGAUCCUGACUUAUUUUUACGCUGUGUAGAUGAGCCGCAGUGUUUCAGCGGCAUGUCUCUCUGUCCCAGGGCAUGAAUGGAUGUUAUUCCGGCCGUAGCUCAACAAGUUGCUCUAGGGAAUGCCACUAAUCCUCAUGUGGGAUGUGUCCAUGGUAAGUUUUGUAAGGUCAGGACAGGAGGCUUUCUGGUGAGAACAGAGGGCUCUGGACUCCUGUAAUCCAGGGUUAAUACCACAAAACACAACCUAUAUGUGACAGGUGGCAGGUGUGACCUCUCCUAUGGACUGGCUUCGUUCCACUGACCUCUGCAUUCCUGGUUUCCUGGUGCCCAGGGCCCCAUACCUUGGUGGCCCAUUGCCCAGAGACUGGUCCCUUUGUGGGGCUUAUUAGACCGCCUGGCUAGGUGGGUGAAGAGUUCACCCUCCUCACAAAGCGGGCCUGAGGAGACGAGGGCAGAAGGCAGCUCACUCAAUCAGAGCAUAGCAGCUUCAAUAGCAGGUCUUUAUUAAGUAUCUAGGUCUUGAUACUUUCCUCCCUGCAGUUUAGUCUGGAAAAUGAGCUGAUUCACUUACAGUAUGAGAGCUGAUUAUUCAUUGUAGAAGAGAUAGUAUUGUUUUUGUUGGCAAACCUUUAACAUCAGGUGAACAGCUUCUUCCUGCUAAAACUCCAUAAACAAGACUCCCCGUCCCCUCCUCUUGUUAUCCCCCAUUUCAAAUGACCAAGACAUAUUGAGCUUUAGGUCCAGAAGUUGUUGCAAACUUGACUUUGGGGCCUAUUAUUUUCUUAAGCAUGUGCCAACCCUCAAAUGUCUUGUCUGUGCCAAGAGCACAGCAGAGCGCGGAGACUCACGUCUCUGUGUGAGAGAGGAGAUGGCCGGAGAGAGGCGUGGAAAAACAGCGAAGGCGCUGGCUGUUGAGUAUUUGGACAUUUCCUUUGACAAACAGAGAAGCUAUUUAUGCUUUUUUUAACGCAGUGAACAACUGUAGCACCUGUUACUGAGCAGUAGUUUGUGAGAAGUCGCAGACAGGUGUUUUUUGGCACCUGAAAUGGGCUCUUGCAUGCAUCCAUGAAGAUGCCUCAGCACUACCUCAGCAGGCGCAUGUAUGUCCUAUAUGCAGGCAGUUUUUUCACAUUCCUGUCCCCCCUGUUUCUCUCAUAUGUUCUCCCUCUAGUACCCCCAGCUACAACUAUGCCCCCAAUAUGGACAAACACUGGAUUAUGCAAUACACUGGCCCGAUGAAGCCCAUCCACAUGGAGUUCACCAACUUUCUCCAUCGUAAGAGGCUGCAGACACUCAUGUCUGUGGAUGACUCAGUGCAGAAGGUCAGUGUGAUUAUGAGUUAUAUAUUUUUUUGCUUUAUUGGACAUGAAUAUGUUUCAUAUGUAUGCUGCUCUUUGUCUGUUUUCUCAUGUGAUCCAUUUACUCCCCAGGUUUAUGAGAUGCUAGAGGAAACAGGAGAGCUUGACAACACUUACAUCAUCUACACAGCAGACCACGGCUACCACAUUGGUCAGUUUGGAUUGGUCAAAGGCAAGUCUAUGCCGUAUGACUUCGACAUCCGUGUGCCGUUUUUCCUGCGAGGACCAAACGUUCAGCCAGGGGCCGUGUAAGUCCAAACAAAACUUCCUUUCCUUCUUCAUGUUUUUCUGUGUCUAAAUCAUCAUUUAUUUUGAACAUUCACUCCUGGUACAUGAUUUCUCUAAUUGUAUACUGUAUAAUUUAACCUUGUGUGCGUGUUUUUCUUCAGAAACCCUCAUCUCGUACUGAACAUAGACCUAGCUCCCACGAUCCUCCACAUUGCCGGUCUGGACACGCCCCCAGACAUGGAUGGAAAGUCCAUCCUGAAGCUUCUGGAACAGGAGAGGACUGGCAACAGGUCUGUAUGGAUCCUUCAUGCCGUGCUGCCAUGGAUAUGUACAGUAAUUGCACAGCAUGUAUAAUAUGUGCAACAGUACUUUUCAUUUACUGUUACUGAGCUAAUGCAAAUUUCCAGGGCCAGAAUAAGUGCAUUUCGCUUCAGUCGAGCACAGAGUGGGUUCAGGGCAAUUUGGUGGGUUUUCCUUGGCUGUUGGACUCUGGCUCAGAGCUACUGAGGUUCUCCUAAUAAGGUUUCCUGUAGAAUUUGUUUGCAGUUUGAAUCAUUUGUUUCCUGAGCAAACUCAGUCUACCGAAUCUGUCCUUAAAAAAAGCACAAACAGCUAUUUUUAAUUUGUGUCUCACAUGUAAGAAAAAAAUCAGUCACGUUGGAAAAAAUGUUCAAAGAGACAGACAGUGGUUUGAUAUAGUUAAUGCCGUAAGUGCCUUUACACCAUUUCCUUGAAACCACAAGGUUUUGAGUUGCAUGUUUGACAUUCUGUAGUGGAUGGUGAGUGCAUUGGCCUUAUAAUUUCUAUAAACUUUGCGCGUUUUGUUUUCUCAGAUUCAAACCCAACCGGAAACCUAAAGUCUGGAGGGACACAUUCCUGGUGGAGCGAGGGUAAACUGCACCUCUUUAUUCCAUUUCCACACCACAGACACACACAUAUAGGCCAUUGCAGAGUGUUGAGUGUCACACAGAACUGAUGAAACAUGAAGAUGAACCCAAAGCAAGGCUCAGUGCGUGUCCCCCUCUUCCAGAAACACAGCUGCUUUUCUUAGUUAUCUGACAGACAUUUCCUGACCACAGUCAGCUUGGAAGGCAGCAUCAGGGAAAGAAGUUGAAGAAGUCUAGGAUCUUGGGCAAAGCUAAGAGUGGUUGGCAAAUUACGACCGUUGACGUGGGAGGUGCUCACGUGUAUAUCUUGUAGCGAUCUUUCUCCUCCAGAUGAACUUUUCAUAUUAAGCUCUUUUUUGAGACAGCUUCCCUGACUUAGCUUUUUGUGAUCAACUUUUUUUAUUUAUUUCUUUUUGCGUUAUCUCAUUACAUCCAAACCCAUUGCCCCCACCCUUGUCCCAGGAGCAACAUCAAUCCCCCCUUCCCUACAAAAAAAGAGAGAGAGAAAAAGGGGGAAAAGAAACAACAACAGAAACAAAAUUUACAGUACAUACAUGGUAGCUUAUUUAACAAAACAAAAAAACCUGCUACCCUGAAUUAGCUGAUGAGUUUCAUUCACACAGAAGAGGGUGUCAUACAAAAAAGAAGAGUUGUCAGGCUCAGGAUGAUGUUACCUGAAGAACGAUUUAAAGGUUCAGUCCGCUUCAGUCAGCUCUCCCAGUGAGAAAUGCAGCAGUCACACUCAUAACCAACACUUGACUGUGUUCAUUCCAUGUACAGUGUUACAUACGCGCUAAAAACCUCAUCAAGUCUUUAUUUAAUCUUUCCUCUGCUGUUACGGGAGAUCAUGCGAUCACAUUCCGCUUAUCUCUGCAAGAAAAAAAAGUGAAAAUCCAAAGUUAAUAUGAGAGGAAUAUUCAAAUAAACGCUGGUAGAUUUGGGGUAUAUUGGGGUAGACACAAUAAAACAGUUUGGGGCCAGACUGUACUGGCAGCAUGUCUAAUAAUACUGUAUAUUACAGUAUGUCAUGUUCUCCCACACAGCUGCUGUUUUUCCCCCACUAUUAUUUCCUCACGAUCCAUUUUUUUUUUUUUUCUAAUAAAUCGCUGUCUUGGCCCUCCCAUCUCCUUUCCACUGUUACGGUCAUUUGCCAGCAACUGCGUCAACAUCUGCAGACACCAGAGUGUAAAAGAAGCAGUAGUUGGCUCCUGCUGCCGCACAUGCAGAUUGGUCUCCUGCUGGCGUAUGUUUGUGCAACAGAAGAGCUGGCUGCUCUGUGGACCGCUGGGUAUGAAAUGAAAAGAGUGUGACCUUUGACCUAUGGGGGCUUUAGCUCUUUUAAUCCAUUCCUCCAUUAAUCCACACUGUUUAUAGAGGCUGUCUGCUCCUGCGCUUGUGUCUAAAUGCUGAGAUUAGCCUCCGCAGACCUUUCACUCUGUUGCUCAGGCGCAGACAUAGCAGCGCGCACACAAACAUUAGCCGGUGUUUUUGCGCCGGGUUCAAGCGGGUUUUGAUACGCCCAAUGAUUCUCUAAGGGUAUCCUUGCUCAACAUUACGUUACUGUACUCAGUAACUUGAGGAAUGCUGUCUGACAGCUGGGACUGACUACAUUGUUUGCAAAUCCAGUCAUCUACGUAAUUGCAGACGUCAGGGAAUGACAUUGACAACAACUGUUUGCUCGUUAAUCACCCUUAGCUAAAUGCUGAGGCCUACAGCCAGCCCAGUGUGUGAAAAUUGGCUGUUUUCCCCCAGAACAAAGCGCUAGACAGGACUGGACAUGACAACAGGACUACUCUUUUAGGGGACAGGUUGUUCUGGGCUCCGCAGUCGCCAUCACUCUGUCUGUGUGUCGCGAGCAGCCAGGCUAAUGUUGGCAGAAAGUGAAGCAGAGAGCAGGGGACUGGGUGGGGGGGCUGGCAUGGCUCAAACAGAGACUCAGCCAGGCCUUGUGGUGGUAGCAGAGACGAAGGGGGCAGGGAAGUUGAACAGGAUGCCAAGUUGAGGUCAAACAGCUUGGCCUGGAGCUGAGCACUGGUGUGACGCAGUGCUGAACUCCGUGCCCAGACCCUCCGGCACACCACAGAUGCUUCAUAACUUAUCCAGUGACCAUGACCAUGAGAAGCACACAGGACGGGCUGUGACAGAGAGUAAAAAACAGGAAACUCUUAAAUUGUAUUAAACUUUAAAUUGGCUCACUUAAGUGUAGCAGUACUUUGUGUACUGGCUCUCUGAAUACAUCCUUUUGUUGAUUCUUGUUUCCUUUUAUUUGUGUUGUAGAAAGAUUCUGAGAAAGAAGGAUGACUCUCUGAACACUCAGCACACCAACAGCCUCCCCAAAUACAAGAAGGUCAAAGAAACCUGCCAGCAGGCCGAAUUCCAGACGCCCUGCGAACAGCCGGGACAGGUAAAACAAACACACCCAUGCGCUCGCACGUGCACUGCUCAUUUCUGCAAACACAACCGAGUUACCCUGAUUUUCACAAAAGAAAAUCUCCUCGAUUCUUCUCCGGCUGUAAUGAGCACCACUGUUGAGCUGACCUCCACGCUGCCUGUUGAACUACUCCACAGAGCCACAAGAGAAAUAGCCAUUAACAGGACAUCAUUCUGCUUCGUAAUUGGCCCCUUUUGGACCGUUUUGUGGUGCAUUAGUUUCUUUGUACUUCACUUUCAUCCGGGCCCAUUAAUUUUCUAGCACAACAGCAGCUGAGUGUUACAGUAUGUGGCCUUGGAGCACUCAGACCAGAACAAUACAAAUUGCUACAAGUUUCAGGUAGUGUUAAAUGACAGGCUGAGUUUUUGAGGGGUGGACUAAUACAAUCCAGAUCCAGUUUAUGGUCACAUAAAUGUGCUGACUUAACAAUCAGUUAUUGAAGACAGAAAUAGAGCCAGACCAGCUAAGCUUGGCCGUGUAUAUUGUGCGAUAUAAAUGUAUAAAACAAAAUGUGUGCGGACCUGAAAGCUUGAACCGUAGAUGUGUAGAAAUGUAAUAAUUUAUACACCACAAUAAAGGCUUUGCUUCGCCCAUGUGGCCCGAAGAGUUUUUCUUCGAGUUAGAGCUACAGUGCUGCUCACAAACUGCAGGCAGAAGCUUUAAUUCUAAUCCCCGUUUAGUCCUUAUCUCUGAGUCUACCUCCUCUUCUUCUGUUAUUUACAUGCAAAGAGGAAGAGUAUGGAUCUUUAUCAGGGAUUACAGAAAAUGUUAUGCCCCUCAUUGCUGACUUACCUCCUCUGUAAACCAAACCUGUAGCUCAAAGUGAAGCAUUGUAUGGGAAAAGUUAAGAGGUCUGUAACAAGCGUAUUAAAUCUCAGUCUUGAACCUGAUUUAGGUUACAAUGAAAGAAGUUUUGUUUAAGAAAAGCCUUAAAGGUUUAAAUAUGACUGAGUGAUCUUCUAAGAGCUCAGGCUCUGCGGUGUUUUUGUCACAAAGCUGCUGUGGUCCUUUUGGAAAUCGAUCGUGUGAUAACUCUACGGGAUUGUUGUGGGUUCACCAGAUUUACUCACUGGGGACAUGGAAACCUCUGUUAUUUUAUGUUUUUGGGGGAGAAUAAGAGAGUGUGAGUGACUUGCGGUGUUUUGGCUUUUCUACCUCCCACUCAUGUUUCAGCUUGUACGGUCAUCCACGUCUGCUCCCAUCCAGUCGCCCCCCCCCUUCCUCCCUCCCUCGCUCCCCCAUCUUUGGUUUCUCAUCCAUCUCUGCUGUCUUGCUGCUGCUGCUGCUGCCGCUGCUGCAGUGGUACUGCUGUGCCUUGGAAGCACUCAGAGGAGGGAGGGCGAGGGAGAAGGACAAAGAAAGACAGAUUUUUUUUCGUCCCUGAGUCACAAUACAUCUCUCUCUUUUUCCCUCACAUCCUGUCUGAUGCUGAUAUAACGGCUCUGUUGGGCCUGUAAGCCCUCCGUUACUAUAUGAGCCUCCCAGAUGGAACCUGAUCUGUCUUAUAGCUCUUUGUUUGGACCCUUGUUCCCACACUCACCACUGAUCACGCCACUCUGCAUAUGUGUCUCUUGAAUUUAUACAAGACCUAACCAGCGGUGCUGCUCACGUCAAUUAGCCUGGAUUUCCUCUAACUUUUGAGGUUGAAUGUUGAGAAAGACGCAGACAAUGUACGCAAGUGCAUGGAUUUGUGUUUAUCCCACUGGUGACGCACUUGGCUCAGACUUACCCUGUGUGAGAGUGAUAUGGGCUUCUUUUUUAUUUUAUAGACACCACACAGGCCCACUUCGUCUCAUGUGGUCUUUUUGGUUUAUCUAUCCAGAUGCUUUUGGAUGCCGUUCUUCCCCACAGGCCGAGAUCUGCCUGAUAUGUCUGUCAGAAGUAUUUCUUACAAAAAGAGCUUCUAAAGUCUCAGCAAAACAGAGGCUUUGCUUGAGAUUAAGUUGUUCUGAUUGUUGACAUCUCCAACACUUAUCAGCUAAACAUUACCCAGAAACAUGUGAGAUCAUGUAUAAGAUAUACAUAACAUACCACUACUCUCCAGUUUGCUUUAAUUUGUAGAAAUCUCCACAUUUAAAUUUAAUUUAGUGGAAGGGGAGAUCUUUAAGUUCAAGAAAAAUUCAUCUUUGAAAUGUAUUCCACCUUGUUGUCUUUGCUUGGCAGAAGUGGCACUGUGUGGAGGAGAUUACAGGGAAGUGGAGGAUACAGAAGUGUAAAGGCGGAUCCAAAGAGGGCUCCAGGAAGAGGGCCCGCAGCCUGAAGCCCCGCAGCAGCGGCUACAACAACAGAGAGAGGGGCUGCGAUUGCAGCGAUGCCGCCUUUCGACCUCAGAGGAAUGACCGUCGCUCCCACCAACAGCUCUCCUCCUCAUCCGGCCAGCGUGAGUGCACAUGAAUCUGUUAUUAUUACAUCCUUUAACACUGUUUUAGUAAAUAAAGUCAUGUAAGUCAGAGAGAAUUAUUUACACACAUGUUCAGGAUAAUCUUGGGUAUCUCAGUCCAGAAGAAAAAGAUCUGACAGAGAUCAGACUGCUUCAGUCAACAUGCAACUUAUUUCUUCUUCUAACUUCUAACAUAGUGCUGACGUCCACCUCUCAAUACAAGCUUGAGAAAAAGAAGUCUGCACAUGCUCGAGGCUAGAUUUCCUGUAAUUGAUUAUUUAUGCUCUGAAAGAAGACAGAUGCACAGAAAAAGCAAACAUCCUCUACAAGUCCCACAAUUUGUUCUGUGGAUGUUCCCCUUCCUGUCAGCUGUGUUAGGUUUGGAGUGGUUUGUUGCCCUCUAGUGUUCGCUUGAAAAGGUGCAACUCUAGAAACGUAAGACUCAACUUUUAUAAUUGCAGGUUAUCGGCCCCGUUUUGUCCACACUCGACAAGCCAGGUCCCUGUCCGUGGAGUUUGAAGGUCAAAUAUAUGACGUCGACCUUCAAGCCGACGAUCAGUCAGCUAUUCGCCGCCGUGUCAUCUCAAAGCGUCACUACAACUCUGAGGAUCCGGAGUUUGAUUUGGGGACUGAUGAUGCUUCAGAGGAAAUGCUGGCAGAUGAUACCAAUGCUGUGGGAUACCCCAACUCAGUGAGAGUUACACAUAAGUAAGAACGAGUACCCAAACAAUGAACAAAUACAGCUGGUGUUUGUCUGAGGAGACGUGAAUGACUUAUGAAGUUCCUCUGCGUCUGUUUCAGGUGUUUCAUCCUAAUGAAUGACAGCGUCCACUGUGAAAGAGAAAUCUACCAGUCCUCCAGAGCCUGGAAAGACCAUAAGAGCUACGUGGACCAGGAGGUGAGUGGAAACACACCAGCUUAAUCUUUGAGAUUCGGUCCAGGGUUUUUCAAACACCAAAAAGUUAAUCUGUAUCAUUUGUUCCACGUUUGAUUCCAGAUUGAAGCCCUUCAAGACAAAAUCAAAAAUCUGCGGGAAGUACGAGGCCACCUGAAGAGGACACGACCAGACGAAUGUGACUGUGGAAAGAAGGGGUCAGUCACUGAAACUUUCCUCCAAAUUUGCCAGUCAGAGUGCAAAUUUUUUUCUCAUCUUGUACCUGAUUUAAAAGUUUUUCCCAUAAUACAAACCCCAAAGCUGUCUGUCUGGUCCUUAGUCUUUUUCUCUGUUUAUAAAACCAGCUAUUAUAACAAAGGGGACAGAAAAGCAGAGAGAUUGAAGAACAGGAAUGAGCAACUCCAUCCGUUUAAGUGAGUUUUUCUUCCCCUUUAAAUGACGACUUUCCCCGGUUAAUCUCAUUCCCUCUUCUUUUAGAUGCAUACUGACCCUGGCUUGUAACUCGUCCAGUUUUAUACUCAUGGUAGAUGUUUCUCUGUAGGUUGCUCAGUAUUUGCAUGAUCACUGCAUGGAAAACACUGCUCACCUUCAUGUAGAUAACCUUGUAGUCCCCAUAUGGCUUAUCCAGCAUGUGUGUGGUUUUUUGAAGUGCUCUCAUGUGUUUGUGGCCCUAAAACAAAAAUGAACUCUUAAAGCACAUCUACACACUUUUAUUCAGUGUUUGCUCCCUGAAUAGACUCAAAAUGACAAAGCAGAUGUAUGGCAGGGACCCAUCUUUUGUGUGUCUGGAAGUGAUUGAGUUGCAUGGAAAGAUAGAGUGACUCAACAGAGGGGAAAUCAGUCAAUCCCUCAAACACAGCGAUCAACUUGCACCAGGAAACAUUGGGAACACAUUAUGCCAAUACAAAGCAGCUGCUUUUUCUCAGUGCCUGCUCUGUGUGCAGGAAGAGGGGACAGUGGCUAGAAUGUCAUCCGAGAGAAACUUGGACAGCGUCAGAGCUUAAACAUGAAAGUAAACAGACUGUCAUACCCUGGCAUCAGUGAUGCCUUCUGGAAGUCCCCUGAAGAUCUUCCACCGCUGCGGCUGCUGGCAUCAGGGCGAGGAUAUGUGCCGACGUCAUCUUUUACAUUGCACUGUUUUUUUGUAAUUCCCUCAAAUUUCUGUCCAACAGGGAGGCUGCACAAGAAAUCGACGGAAGGGUUCAGCUGUACAACGAGAUCCGGAGGAGGAAGAAGGAGAGGAAGGAGAAGAAGCGCCUGAGGAAGGGGGACGACUGCAGCCUGCCCGGCCUCACCUGUUUCACACAUAACAAUGAUCACUGGCAGACUGCCCCCCUCUGGUCACGUAUGUUAACUGAAAUUAAAUUCAUUAUAUAUAUAGUUUUAAUUAUUUUAACAAAGAAAUUAGACUUGAAACUGCAGUUCCUUGAAUGGCCACUAGAGGCUACCUCCAAGAGUUAAAUAAUUCCCAUUAGGCCACAUUUGAAGAUGCGCAUUUUUACAGGGAAAUGUAACAUGUCGGGCAUAAUUUAGAGUGGGGCUUUUAUCCAAGAUCCAGUUGACCUCCUUCAGCUCCCCCUCUUCACCUUUUUCUAGAUCUGGGUAAUCGAGUCUGCUCAAGGCUUCUUAACAUCCUAUCAGAUUUAAUUAGAUAACUCCAGUGAGACUGUCUUUGUAUUUUUUUUGGUCUGUGUCGUUAUCAGUUGUAUCAUGCACUCACAGUUUUCAGAGUUCAUUCCUCCACAAAACUACUGGUUCUUGGGUUAAUCUCACACCAGUCAAAGUGAAUUAUUUGUGUUCUUUGUCAGCAUAUGUUCAGUCAAUUUGAGCGACUCUCUGUUUUACUGUUUAGUGGGUGGAUUCUGCGCCUGCACCAGCUCCAACAACAACACUUACUGGUGCCUGAGAACCAUCAAUGAGACCCACAACACACUGUUCUGCGAGUUCUCCACCGGCUUCUUGGAGUACUUUGACCUCAACAGUGACCCCUACCAGGUGUGUGAACAUCUGUCCACAGUCAUUCAUCCAUGCUCCCUUUCUGUCUGUGUUUUUAAGCCCCUUCAUCAUAAAAGUCGUCCUUUGGGAGCAGAAAAACAAGACGAAACAGCAGUUACACUUUCAUUCUGCAUUCUUUGGAGAUGGAUCAACUUUAUGAUGCUAAAACAAAAAAAUUAUAUUCAGUUUUUUGAGUAUCUUGGAUUUAUUUUCUCACCCGUGCAGCUCACCAAUGCAGUAUAUGCAGUCGAUCGGGAGGUCCUGAACUCUCUCCAUGCCCAGCUCAUGGAGAUGAGGAGUUGUCAAGGAUACAAGCAGUGCAAUCCCCGCCCAAAAGGCUUGGAUACAGGUAAAAGAGAACAAAAAACUCCCUUCUUACUUGUCCUUUAGAGGUUUCUCAUGUGGACUUUUCACUGGGUUUAGUGGUGGAUGUUAUGCCAACAAUGACUGAAGCAGAUUUAACACAGAGAAGAAUUGGCGUGAAGUGAAUCAGUGCCUAAAUCAUAAUUGAUUUGAGUUAAAAACUGCUCAAAUAGCAAUGAGAUUGGCUUUAUGUUUGAGAAAUUUGGAUACUUGAUUUUUUUCAGUCUACUCCUCUGCUGUGUUUUAAAUCUGUAUCAGACUCAGGGUGUGUGUGUUUGUACAUUUCUGCAUGCUGCAUGCGUUUGGGGAUGAUCUGUUCAAUGAUGUAUGCUUAAAUUCCAGGUGGAGGUCAAGAAAUCAUCAGUAUGUCCUUUUAUGUGAUCAACAUUUUUUUCACACUUCUUAACUUGUUUUUUCCCAGCCGAGGACUUUCACUCACCUGAAUAUUUUCCUUAUAUACACAGAGCGUUUCAAUUUGAUCAGACCCUGUUACACUUGAACAUCCUGGCCUUCAUCCCCUCUGUGACUCAACCAGUGUUAGAAAUAAUAUUUGGAGGAUGCUGUUGUCAAGGCUGUCUUUCUAUUUGAGCUUGUCAUGCAUCACUGCUGUAGUCAGCUGUUCUGUUUUUUUACAACAACUCCACAGUCUGAGGACUCUGUCAGAGCCCAGGAGGAUGGAGGGGGUUAACAAGUAAUAUUGCCGUGACCAAAGCCCGUAAGGCCCGGCCAUAGCUUUCGUGUGUGGCAUGAACCAGCUGCGUUGUUUAGGUCCUGAGGGUAAAAUACUUAGUGUCUGUAAUUACCAGCUGGAGAGCGAAGCGCUGGAGCGGCCAGGCUGCUCUGAGAAAACUGAUUGUGUUUCAGCGCUGGCAUUGUGGACUUGUCAGAACGGUGCCAACACACGUCACAUAGCAGCCUAAAAUCUCUUACCCGCACUGGCUGCCCUCGCUCAUGUGUGAUGCCAGCUCCAUGAACCGAUGAAAUUGCUGUUGUGGUUACAUGAAGUGAUGUUUUUGUUGGAGGGGUAGAUUAAUAAAAUUUAACUGGCCUGUUGAAAUGGAUCUAGCAGUUACUUGCUUCUAUUUAUGGCGUGCAACUCUACCUGACGGGAUAACCCUGUGUCUUUUAUUUUGAAAGGGAAACCCCUGUUAGACUCUAUGCAGCACAAUCCUCAGUUCUGAUCCGCAUCUCUCAAACCACUACCUCCAAAACCCUCCAUUUAAAUCUCUCUUCUCCUCAUUCUGGUCAUCCAAUAAUUGCAUUUCUCCAUAGGAAGUAGCAGCUGUGCAUGAAGAAAUCUUCAGAGUGAAUGAUCUAUUUAUUUCCCUCUAGUAUCUCCUUGAAUCAAAGCAUUAACAACCGAUUGCUUUUAUUUUUCCGAUCAGGAGGUAAAGAAGGAGGAAGCUAUGAGCCACACAGGUAUCCACCAAUUUUUGUUUCUCUUCAGUGGCUUUUUCUUUAACACCUGCAUGGGCCGAAUUCGCCUCAUUCCCACUAAUCUAUCCAUCCAUGGAGUGCUGGCGCUUGAUCUGUGGCUGCAUGCUGGGGGCACGCUAACAAAUCAUAACAGAUGAAUUUUUUUGUCUCUCAUAAGAGCAGCUUCAUUUGUUGUCACCUCUGUGCACACCAUCUGCCUUCACUUUAAAGCCUGCAGCAGUAUGAAUAUAUAAUCAGCAGCUCAGAUAUUCUCUGCAAACAGAUUCCAUACCUCUGCAGACACUCAAGUCCAAACAUAGCUUUAAAGUCGCUCUGUUUAGCUGUUCUUCCAUGAGCAUGAUGGGUACAAAGACCCACCCAAGCACCUAAUGCAUGUGAAUGACAAUGCAUGGUCAAAUAUCAUCCCCUCGCUCAUGCAUCAGAUCCCACACUAAGUCUUAGAGGAGUAGUUUGAUAUUUAGGAGAUCGUUUUGGUUUUCUUGCCAGAGUCUAAUAAGAAGAUCAAUACCGCUUUUAAGUCUAAGUUGCUAAAUCUAAUCUUCAAACGGCAGCUACUUAGUUUAGCUUAGCCUAGCUUAUGAACAUGUUGAUAGUUUUGGUUUUAUUUAGUUUGUACAAAAGCUGUUGUAUGUAUGUAUGUACAUAUGUAUUUUUUCAAAGGAAUCAGGCCACUUCUUUUUCUACUUGCAGUCAUUACAUGUCUGGAGCCACAGCCAGAGACAGUUAGCUUAGCUUAGCAUACGUUUUCCCUGUGAAUCAAGCUAGCUUUUAACUUUACUCUGUUUGCCGUUUUAUCAGUGAACAUUCUAAUGGAUGGUGUUGAUUUUCUCAUUCCUAGAAAGAAAACAAAUGAAUUUAUCUAAAUGUUGGAACUACUCCUUUAACGUCACCCUCCAUGUCAUUCAAGUCACAUCCACAAACAAACCAUCCCAUUAGAUAUCGAGUGUAUGACAUCCACACAUUUGCUCAUGGCCAUUAGCUUGUGGUAGAAUGGACGCACGAGUUGCCGUGACCUCUCUGUGCUCCCGCUGAUGUCUUCCUCUUUUUGACCUGUGUCUCUGACACCUGCUUACCAGGCAGCAGCAGCACCGAAAGUGGUCAAAGAGGAGACCCAGCCUCUCCUUCCUGUGAGUCCCUCCACUACCGUGCAAACAUGUCCAUUCUCUAGCUUCAGCACACUCAGGAAAGCACAUUUUACCAGGAAACUUCAGCUGGCACUUCUGCUUCCUUUCUUCUGUUUUCACUUUCAGACAUAAAACAGAAUCCUGAUUUAGCCUUUUGCUGCAUAAGUUUUGCAUAAUUUGCCUCUUUUUCUGAUAGAACUUUGGUUUGUUUUCUGUGGAUACACCGUUCAGCAGCUAACUUUCCGUCUUGUUUUUGAUUGUUUUUCCUUCCUCCGUUGAGUUCUUUUAUUCCAGGUUGCCUGACUUUGCAUUUCAGUCGAGUCCAGGCCUUUCAUUAACUAUGCCAUCAUAUUUCUCUUGUGCAGCUCAGGUUGCUAGUCUUUUAUGAUGGAUCAUUAAAUGUUUUUUUCUUUCAGUUUGUCUGAUGUGAGUUUCUAAGGCAGCAUGUGUUUGCACUACUCAUGGCUUGAGCUUAGUGUGGGUGCUAUGUUUAUCUAGUUUAUCUAAUGCAGCUUUGAAGUGUGUGUAUACGAGUGUGUGUGAAUUUGUUUGACUGUGUGUGUUGCUUGGGGCAUCAAACCCCUCAGCUGGCUGCUGUAGUAAGAGCGGGAGAAUGGGCAUGACUGCAUGGUGUCUGAGUAAACUUGAAAAGAGCUCCCUGUUCUCUGGGCUCCACAUCUUUAAAGUUUCUGUUCCUCUCUUUUUGGCAGCUCACAGCCCAUAUGGGACGGACGACAGGGUUAAACUGCCCAACCUGACGGAUGAGGAGGUGAACUGGCAGGGACUGGAGGAUCUGUAUAGCAUAAACGAAAGCCUUUAUGAAUGUAGGCCUGACUACAGCCCCAGCCCAGAUGACUGGGCCAACUUCCAGAAGGAUGUAGAUAAUAUGUUUGCACUGCGACACGUUUUAAACAAAUCCAACCAAACUCACAAGCCUGACGACUCCACCCUGCCAGAGCUGGGCUCCGGGGCCGGGGAUGGAGGCCUCGAGGAGGGCAGCGGAGAGGAGCCGGCCUCAGCCAGACAGUUUUGGCCAGGCCUGGCAACAGAGGCUCACCCUUCCACCCCCGCCCCCAGCACAACACCACCAGCAUCACUCACACCCACUCCCAGGUCCACACUGGAAUGGAAACUGGAAUCCGUCAACGAGUUUCCCGAGAGACUUAAAGAUAGACCUGGGGGGUCUGUGAUUUCAGCGUCAUCAGUGGGUUCAAGGAGGGAGAGGCUGUUCUUCCAAAGCGACAUGUGGGCACAGCAGCUGGAAGAGAUCGAGGGAGACGUGUUCAGCGGGAACGGACUGACCGAGCUGGAGACCAGACAUGACAGUCUGCUACGCACUCACAACAGCCUGCAGCUGCAGCCCGGAGAGCUAACAGGCACUCAGGGUCUCGGCCAGGACCUGGACCUUGAGGAAGAGGAGGACAUUUUCAAAGCCCAAGGCUACCUCCCUUUCACCCCACAAACACUGAGGCCCAAGGUGCAGACUAGCACCCCUGGGAGCCCCCCAACCUCACAGAGCAACACCCCACAGAGUGUUGGGCUGGUACUGCAGGUACUGCCUCAGUCUCCGCUGCCCCUCAGCUUGGACUACGAGGGCAGUGGGUCCCUGCCUCCUCCCUCCAAUCAGACCCUCUGAGGCAGACGCAGGCACUGACCAACCAGCCAAUGAGCUGCUGGUCGCCAUAGAGACACAGAGACACAGUGAUUGGGAGAUGAGCUCGCCAAGAGUGAUGGCGAGUGAUGCCACCUCAGUCAGAGUUGUAUAAUAAGUGUUAAAGUUAUUGUUUAUUUUUUUACAGGUGCCUACAUUUAUUAGUAAACAGUGUUAUGUUUUUUAAAAUAUCUAUUUAGAAAAGAAAAGCCUUAAUGCAGCUAAACUUGAGUGAUGGGAUUAGAAAUGAUCGAUCCCACGCAGAUAACACCAUUGAUGUUUUUAAUAUAUGUUUUUAUGAAAACCAGCGUGAGUGAUGGAACUGAUACAGCUGAAUGAAUGCUUAGCAUCAUCCGUAGGUACUCUCCAGUCUUAAGAGAUCAAUUAUCAAAAAUCUGCCCGGCAACAGGACGCUUCGUUUAAACACUGUUCGCUCACUUAAAGAAUCAAAGGCAACAAUUGUCCCCAAAUGCACUUUUACCUUCACCUUCCACUGUGCGUGGAUCAUAUUUGAUGAUAUGGUUGUUUUUCUACUGUUUUCUUUUUUCCAUCCAAAAGAACUUUUUGUCACAUGGCAGAGAAACGUCAACAUGGUCAAGGCCAAACUCUAUUUAUUAAAAGCGUUUUUAAUAAUCUGUUGGGCUGAUAUUUGAUCAGCCUUUUUAACAUCUCGUCCAUCAGCUUUUAUCAGUUUGGACAAUCACGGCUCAGCUUAAGUUCAAAUCCUUUGACUGCAGUGAGAAUGUGCAUAUAUUCAUCUUUCCAGGGAACUAUUUCACCGCCACACCAACUCUGACCUGGUGCAAUUUUGUCACCAAACACAGCGUUGAACAUUAACAUAACUAAAAUCUUUUAUAGUGAUUAAAAGCAAAUGUUUACACAAUCACAACAGCGCUAGAAAUGUUUGUUGUGGUACGUUUUUGUUCGAAAUAUCUUGUGGCAUCAGCUAAUCAUGUGGUGCGUUAUGUAGUGCUUUGAUAAUCCAGAGUAUAGUGUUGCACAUGGUCAGAUCAUUGGCUCCAAGUGUAGCCUUCAAAUGUUUGUUAUGCGGCACAGCUAUAACCUUCAAGGGCAAAAUCGUUGAAUAUUUCUGCCAGUUCAUCUCUGCUGAUGGGAAAACUGGUUUUGAUGGUGUGUGUAGAAGUGUGGUUUCAGGAAAGCCAUGAAGCUGUUAAUAAAUCAUUUCAACCUUCUGAGA